ACAGCCCAUUUUGAACUGACGCCUACUUUGUCAUAGCGUAGCUGCCUGCUCUCUACUAUCAAAACAAGAAGAAAAGCAAUGACAAGAAAAUGAAGUGACCCUCUGUUGGUGAUUAGAUGAUUAUAUUGGAUUCAGAAGCGACACUGAGCUCAUUUGACUGAUAAAUGUUAGUAUUCGGGCUGACGUACGGCUGGUGACUAGAUAUAAGGUAUUUAACUAAAACACAUGUUUGGUUGUCGUCGAGUGGGUACAAACGCAGCAUGUUUGUCGCCUGACGGCGUAUGAUUUGGGCUUUAAAGAGGCGGGUUAGCCUCCGGAAUUUCCAGUAAUGGCCUCAUCGCUGGGUUUCUUCACCGGUCCCGAGGUGCUGGAGGACGUGAACCACGCUCAGGGUUUGGUGAACGAGCUGAAACUGAUGUACGACUGCCGGUUGCUCGGCGACGUUACCAUCGGGGUCGAGUGUGAGGAGGGGGAGGUGUCGCUGGAGCCCGGCGGGGGAAGAGGAGUUGACGUGGGUCAAGUGUUUCUGUGUAGCCGCAACGUCCUGGCCGCUGCCAGCCCCUACUUUAAGAGCAUGUUCACGGGCGGGCUGAACGAGAGCGCCCAGGAGAGGGUGCUCAUCCGCGGCGUGGACCCUGAGUCCAUGUCGGUCAUCAUCGAUUACUGCUACACGGGCAGGGUGACCAUCACGGAGAGCAACGUGCAGAGGCUGUACGCGGCGGCCAACAUGCUGCAGCUGGAGUACAUUAGGAAAGCCUGCUCCGGCUUCAUGACCAGGAGGCUGGAUCCUUCCAACUGUGUGGGGAUGCUGAAAUUUGCAGACACCUACGACAAUCCAGAACUGAAGGAGAAUGCCCAAGCCUUCAUAGCCAGGAACUUCAACCAGGUGUUUAAUGGAGGGGAGCUCUGCGAGCUGAACUCGGAUCAGUUUAAACAGCUGUUGUCUCUGGAUACUUUGGACGUGGACUGUGAGAAGACUGUCUGUUCUGCAGCUAUUCAGUGGCUGGAGGUGAACGCACCGGUAGAUGAAGAGGAUGCCUUGCAGGUGCUGAAGUGUGUGCGCUGGAACUUGUUCAGCGAGAAGGACAAGUGUUACCUGGAGAGCCUCAUGGCUAGGCCUUUAAUCGAGACAUGCCUGGCAUCUUUUUUCAGCGGGUCAGCAGAAGAUAUCUGCGUGAUGUCUGCUCCUCUGGACAUACCAAAACACAGAAUAGGUGUGAGCGCAAAAGAGAUGAUUCUCUUCUUUGGCCUACCCAACGACAACAUAAUGUGCUGCGACCCUUACUCAGAGGACCUUAAUUUCAUGGCUCCGCCUUUAGAAGAUCUCAGCAGUCAAGAUUAUAAACGCUCCACCAUGGAGUCUCUUAUUGCCUGUGCCACUCAUGAUAACAACUUGUAUUUAGCUUCUCACCUUUCCAAACACUUCUGGCUGUACAAUCCUGUCCUCAACAGCUGGCAAGAGUUGGCAGAGAGGCUGCUGGGCAGAAUCCACUCAGGGAUGGGCUAUCUUAAUGGCCAUGUGUACCUUCUUGGAGGAAGAAAUCCAGUUACAGAUGCCAGAUUAAAGGAGGUAGAGUGUUACAGCAUCCAGAGGAACCAGUGGACAUUCGUGGCCCCUCUGCCUCACUCUUUGGGUAAAAUGCAAGUGGUGGCUCUGAAUGAUCACCUGUACGUGGUCAACAAAAGGAGAAUGCUCUGCUAUGACCCUAAGAGAAACCGCUGGCGCCACUGCGGAUCGCUCAGAAGAGACAAGCUUCACAAGGCCUGCGUCUUCCAGGACCAGAUCAUCUGCGUGUGUGACAUCCCCGUGGUUAAAGCCUACAGCCCCACAAGAGGGGAGUGGAAGAGGCUGGGGGACAUUCCAAUCGACAGCCGAGCACUGAACUACCAGGUAAUCCAGCACAGCGGCAAGCUGCUGCUCCUCACGCAGACGCUGCUGCAGCACAACAAGAACAGGGUCCUUAUCCAUGAGUAUGAUCCUGCUCGGGAUGCGUGGAAGAACAUCAUGGCGGUCUAUGUGUCCACUCUGGGACCGGUGUGCGUGUCAACACGUGUGUACCCAGCGUGCCUCGGGUCUGCUCACAGCUUCUCCACAGAGGAGGACGAUGACAGCGGCUCCAGCGCCGACUGGGACCUGGAUGGGUUAACGGAUGUGGACUCUGAUUCUGGCAGCUCGAGUUCGUUCUCAGAUGAGAACUGGUAGUGAACACAUGUCCCCUUUAUAAAAAGAAGUGUUUAUGUAUAAUUUAUAUUUGUUUGCCAUGCGUGAUGUUAUUUUAGUGUUAAAGCAGUCAUUUACCUUGAAGACAUAAGUUAAGGAUUGGAAGAACGUUUUUCCUGUUUCAUCCAGUUACAGCUUUAUAUCAUUUUUAGAUUAGGUAAAUACAAUGAAAAGCUCAAUGUAACGCCACGCACCACUGCAAAAAUGUGUUGUUUUCUGUGUACAGCAGUGUCCUGCAAAAGUAGUCACAUUGAUUAGACUUUCAUAAGUCACAUUACAGCCACAAACGUCUGUGGAUUUGUUUUUUGAUUUAUAUGACAAAAUAUAUGAAUUGUAAAGGAAAAGAAACAUGGUUUUGUGUUUUACAAAUAACAUUCUGAAGAGUGUGGCACGCAUUUACAUUCAGUCCCUGUAAGGUGAACCUCCACCCCAGCCUCAAGUCUUCAGCAGCCUCUAACAGACCUUCCUGUAUUUAGGGUCAUUCAUUUUCCCAUGAACUCUGGCCAGUUUUCCCACCUCUGCUGAAGAAAAGGAUCCCCACAGCAUCAUGCUGCCUGCACCAUGUGUCGCUGUGUGCAUGGUGUGUUCAUGGUGGUGUGCAGUGUUGGUUUUCCUCAACACAUGGUGUCUAGAUGGUUUCUGGCAAACUGUCAGCGAGACAGUUUGCUGCAGUUUUUUUAACCAUGCCUUUAAUCUGGCAUUGCUCUCAUAAAAGACAGAUUUGUGGAGUUUAUGACAAUUAAUUGUUGUGUGAACAGAUUCUCCCACCUAAGCUGUGAAUCUCUGCAUCUCUAGAGUUACCAUAAUCCUCUUGGCUGCUUCUCUAAUGAGAAUCUUGUCCGUUUAGGUGAGUGGUCAUGAUCAUUCACUCAGCUGUUUUUCUCCAGAGAUUAAAUUACACACAGGUAGACCCUGUUGUCUAAAUAAGUGAUUUCUAAAUGCAGUUGAUUAGACUGAGUUUUAUUUGGGGGUCUUAGAGUAAAGUGAGAUGAAUACCACACCACACUGUUUAGAUCUCAAUGUAGGACACAUUUGGAUACCCCUCUUGUCUUUUUGCUUUUACACUUAAUUUCUAUAAAAGGUUCACAGGGUAUGAAUACAUUUGCAAUGCCUUUUAUAUCUCUGUUUCUAUAAGCUAUGGAUCUUUUGUAAGGUGAGAUGUAGGAAAAAAAUGGAAAUGUUUGUAGUAGAGAUGUCCACUCAACAAUGCUUCCCUGGAAUGAUAUCUUUUCCUCGCCACAACCUGAGACGUCUUUCUCAGCACUUCAAUCAUACGUGUUCUUCCUGCUUUUUAAAGGACAAAUCAGUUUUGUCCUUUUAAAAAGAAAGUAUCUUAAACAAAGUCAUAGUUCAAUCUCGAACAAGCUCUGCUCAGUUAGGACUCAUUAUAUCACUGGAUGAUGUCUGAUUAAGCUGUUAAUUAUUCAUAUUUUACAUUUCUGUUAUAUGACUAAGAUGUAACAAGACUAAAUACAUACAAAAGUGACAUAAUAUGAAGUGUGGACUUCCCACAUUUAAAUGAUGAGUUUUAGUAGAAACCGUUCAGAAUCCUUCAGUUUCAUGCUUUAUGCUUAAAGAGCUCAGAUGUUUUCCAAAUCACAGUUUGCAAAGCACCAGACGUCAUUAGGCUCCACCAGAGCUGUGGGAGACACUAUCUGUAAGAAGAUCGCACAUGCCAACUAUUUCUCCUAUUUAUUAUUAUUAUUAAAUUAAAAUCUAAUGACACAUUUGUUAUAAAAUUAUUGUUUAACUUGAAUGUACGUUCACCCGCCUGCUACAGAUUAAGUGUAAAAUUAUGAUGUUGAAGUCUGGGAGCUUAAGUGCCUUUUGUUUAUGAGUUCAAACACAACUGGACUAACCGGGCUUUUUUUAUAUGCUGAUGAUGUGAUGCUGCGCUCAGCCAAGGUUGUGAAAUCUUUUUAGUUUGAAACCAUAAAGCCAGUUUUUGGUGCAUUCUCUCAGGUUUGGGCUUCUGCAAAAGCCUCCUCGCCAUGUUCCACUUUCCUUUUAAUUGUUUUGAUUCUGAGUGGGUUAUUUUGUGAUGUGAAUUCAAAUUUACGUGUUUUGUGUAUGGGUAGUUCAGUAUCUGCAUUCCAAAAAGAAACGAGAAUACUCUGUUUUGUUUUCUGAGCGGUAUUUGGGCCAAUAACCUGGGGAAAGUUGGACACCAAACUGCUUUUGGGAGCAUGAAAUUGGUGAAAUGCAAAACUAAGAAGCAACUUCAGCUAAAAAAGAUCAUGAUGUGGAGAUGAAUCCGUAUUUAUGUCAGCAGACAACCAUGCAACAUUAGUAACAGCAGGAUUUAUUUUAUCCAAGGGGUGCAAAAUGAUGUGUAGGCUUGACUCUACAGUUUAAAAGGACAAGAAUGGAGUUACUUGUCAUUAGGAGGCGUUUUUGUUGUAUAUGUCAAAAUAAACAUCCGUGUCCAGUACAUUGGAAAAAAAUGUU